AUGUCUUCAGUUACCGGAAUGCUCAGUCGGCUGCAAGGCCAACCCGAGAGCUACGACAAGAAAGCAAAGUACCGAUUCGGGCGAACACUCGGUGCAGGAACCUAUGGCAUUGUUCGAGAGGCCGACGGCCCAACGGGAAAGGUCGCGAUCAAGAUCAUCUUGAAGAAGAACGUCAAGGGCAACGAGCGCAUGGUUUACGACGAGCUGGACAUGCUUCAGCGCCUCAAACACCCCCACAUCGUCCGUUUUGUCGACUGGUUUGAGUCCAGGGACAAGUACUACAUUGUCACCGAACUCGCUACCGGCGGUGAGCUGUUCGAUCGCAUUUGCGAACAGGGCAAGUUCACGGAGAAGGACGCCUCGCAGACCAUCAAGCAAGUCCUUGGUGCUGUGGACUAUCUUCAUCGCAACAACGUCCCGGAGAAUCUCCUGUAUCUUAACAAGCACUCAGAUUCUGACCUAGUGCUCGCCGACUUCGGUAUCGCCAAGAUGCUGGACACCAAGGACGAGGUUUUGACGACCAUGGCGGGUUCGUUCGGCUACGCGGCACCAGAGGUAAUGCUCAAGAAAGGCCACGGGAAGCCUGUAGACAUGUGGUCGAUGGGUGUCAUCACCUACACAUUGCUUUGCGGUUACUCCCCAUUCCGAUCAGAGAACCUCCAAGAUCUCAUAGACGAGUGCAGCAACGCACAGGUCGUCUUCCACGACAGAUACUGGAAGGACGUCAGUGACGAUGCCAAGGAGUUCAUCAAGCACUUAUUGAAACCGAAUGCAGAGGAUCGCUGGACCAGUCAGCAAGCAUUGAACCACUCCUGGCUCCGAGGCGAGACCGCUACGGACCACAACUUGUUGCCCGAGAUCAAGGCAUACAUGGCCAAAGCCCGCCUCAAGCGAGGUAUUGAGAUGGUCAAGCUUGCAAACCGCAUCGAAGCACUCAAGAUGCAAGAGGACGACCCUGAGAACCCCGAUUUCCCGGUCGAUGCAACCGGCGCUGCAAAAGAUUCCACUGCCCGGGCCGGCUCGUCUCAGUCGUCUGGCGAUAAAGCCGACAAGACCGAAAAGGGCGAGAAGAAGAGCCUUAGCCGCAUCGCUAGGGGUGCCAUCUUCCGCGAGAUUGUUCUGGCCAAGGUGCGAGAGAUGAAGGAGCAAGAGCAGACUCUGAAAGUGAAGGAGGAAGCCGAAAAGGAAGCUCGAAGGAAGAGCUUCAGUGGCUCCAAAGACUCUGCUUGA